UCUCUUCUCCGCAGGAAAAACAUGGCGUCUCUGAGCAGCAGUGAGUUGGGAGCUGUUUGCGAGAAAUUCUCCACCGCCCAAAACCUCACUGAUGUGGAAUCACGAAAUGACCCCGAGAACGACCCGUUCCGCUCCAGGUACAAAGCCAGGGAGUUGUUCCGAGAGAUUUACUGCUCGCUGAAGAGUUUCGAGCCCGUUGACGGUGAGGAGAGCGUCGAGCAGCUGCGGGACUUGAGCGGAGACUCUCCGGACGGGCUGCGGGCCGUCAGGAUGGCCGCCGUGGACUACUACCUGGGCGUUAACCACAUCGACACGGAGGAGCUGUCAGCCGGCGAGGAACAUUUGAUAAAUUGCCUGAAACUGCUGGACAAAUGCAGAGUUUCGCCUGAGAACGUGUCGCUGUUCAUCCAUGUCAGGAACCAGCUUGGCAUCCUGUGGGCAGGCCGGGAGGAGAUGGAGAAGGCUCAAGGCUUUCUGGAAAUGGCAGAAUCCAUCUAUCAGCAAUAUAUGAAGGAGGAGGGGAGUCCUCCCCUUGACAUCACAGAGUAUUUCUGUACUGAGGAAAACCUGCUGACUCACCAGGAAAAGACCAAGAGGUUUGAGUUGGCCUACACCUAUACCAUGUAUUAUCUUGCUCAAGUCUAUCAGAAUCUUGGUCAAACUGAGCGUGCUGCCACGUACUGCCACAGCACACUGCAGAGGCAGUUACAGUUAAAUCAGUACAAUCCAAUGGAAUGGGCUCUGAAUGCAGCUACCUUGUCACAGUACUACAUCUCAAAGGACUGCUAUAUGGAAGGCAGACAUUGCCUGUCGGCGGCUGUAGUCAUAUCGAGUUUGGCAUGGGAAGUUUCUUCUGAGGCUGCAGCACAGGAGAGUGAGAUAGAAAGCGAGCAUAGGGAUAAGCUGAAACAGAAGCGGGCAGAGAUAGCCAGAUGUUGGAUCAAAUACUGUCUCAACCUCUUGGAAGAUGCCAAGAAACUCUUACAGGACGGCAUCGGGCAGCUGGAUGUUGAUCGUCAAGAAGAGUUGAAGAGAGCAAGAAGACAUGAAGAGGAGGAGAUGGAGAAGGGCAGGAAGGGUGCUCUGCUGUUUGGUUCUGAGGACACGUUUGACUCCAUCGCUAGUAUGGAAGAGAAAGUGCCUUGUUUGUUGCCUUUGGAUUUCACAGAAGCCAGAGCUGUAUUUCUGGUGGGACAGAAUUAUGUCACACAGGCUAAAGAGUACUUUCAGGUAGACGGUUAUGUGACGGACCACAUUGAGAUCUUGCAAGAUCACAGUGCUCUUUUCAGAGCUCUGGCUUUCUUUGAAGAUGACUUGGAGCGACGCUGCAAAAUGCACAAACGACAGGUUGACAUGUUGGAGCCAAUCUGCAAUGACUUGAACUCACAAUACUACCUGUUAAUCCGCAGACAAUUGAUGUUCGAGUUGGCUGAGAUCUACUAUGAAAUGAUGGACCUCAAGCUAACUCUGGCCAACAUACAAACAGAUGCACAGGCUCUAGAUAACCACACCAUUAAGAAAGUCAACCAUCUCGGUUUUGCUUCUGCCAAGUAUUUCCAAAUGUUUCUGGACUCUUUAUGUUCUCUGGAAGGGAAGUUUCCAGAGCACCUGGAGGAGGAGGUUCUCAGACCUGCUCUUGUGGCCCGGUUUAGAGUAGCCCGACUCCAUAGCAGAUUGAUCUGUUCUUCACCCUCUGCAAAGCUGGACAACCUCAACAAGUCUCUGGAAAACUACCAAUAUGUGGUGCACUACUGUGAGGCCCAUCCCGAGGCAGCCAAAAGUGUGGAAACAGAGCUGGAACUGAGUAAAGACAUGGUGGGCCUCCUCCCUCUCAACAUCAACUCCAUCAAAGCUAGAAUGGCCACAAACAACUGAAGGACAGCUGACAGACCUGUGGGUAAACUGUUUGAUUCAUCCAAACAAAUCCAGUUUUAUUCAGCAAAUACUCCCAACUAGUAGGACAAAUGAGAUAGCAGCUUGAUUGACUUAUGCCAAAAGCUCAUUUGACACAUAACAGCGUAUUUCGGGCUCUUUCUGUGACACUGGUCAUUAGUCAUAUUAAUUAGGAUUUUUCUUUUUUGUGUGUGUAAAGCACUUUAAUAUGCUGCCUUGAUGCUUAAUAAAACCUGUUUGUCUUCAUCA